GUACAUUAAUCAGACAGUAUCCACUCAAUCUCUCGCACAACGUGUUUAACCAUUGUUGUAAUCAAGUGUACAAGUUCUGGUCUGGAACAGUGUCCAGCUAUGACAGAAAACGACAAUGGGGCGAAUUGUACAGGCGAUGAAGAAAUAAGGAAUCUAUCUGAUUUGCUGGUCAAUCACAUAGGCUCUGAUAAAAAAAUUGUUGAGGUGCAGACAAGUAGACUAACUGCUCCUGGUGAGAACUAUGGCAGUAUAAUGCUUAAGUUAGACAUAGGAGUUGAGGGUGCUAAUGGUGGUAACAGACAAACCUUGCACAUGGUCGCGAAGAAAAUACCUACUUUGAAGAUGAUACAAGAAAUAUUCAAUAUACAGGUAACCUACAAGAAGGAAGUAGCAUUCUACAUGACUGUAGUGCCAGCGCUACACGAGUUUCAAAGGGAAAUGGGUAUUAAAGACGUAAUUGAUUGUUUUGCAAAGUGUUAUGGAGCUAGAAUCAGCUUGGACAUAGAUAGUGACGAAGUUGACGAAGACGCUGCUUUAAUCUUGGAGAAUUUGCACACAUCAGGGUACAAAAACGUGGAUAGGCUACUAUGCUUUGAUCUAUCCACAACAAGGCUGAUAUUAAAAGACAUAGCAAAUUUUCACGCAACCGUCAUUGCGCUAAAGCUCAAGAAGCCAGAAGUAUUCCAGAAGAGAGUAAAGGCUUUCUGCAGUGACUACAUUCCAAUGAAGGACGUCGUUCAGCCGCUACUACCCAUACUAAGAAGGGUCCUUGAAGAAAACGAAAAAUGUAAACCAUUGGCAUCAAAAAUAAGAGCCUGGGGGGAGAGAGAAGACGAAAGGAAGUCUAGAGAACCUUUUGCUACAUUAGCGCAUUGUGAUCUAUGGGUGAAUAACAUGAUGCAAAAAUUCGUAGAAGGAGUACCUAUCAGCAAUAAACUUGUAGACUUUCAGAUCUACAACUACAGAUCUGCAGCAUCCGAUGUGUUCUUCUUUCUCUUCUCAAGCGUUCAAUUAGAAGUCUUGAAGCGAUGUUUAGAUUCUCUUCUGAAGUUCUACCACGAACAUUUCAUAUCCGUUCUAGAUAUGUUGAAAUGUGACACUAGUGAGUUUGGAUUUGAUGCGUUCUUGGAAGAGAUGAAGCUGGAAGCUGAAUUUGAGUUUGGUCACGCCUUAUUCUUUUCGACGUUAAUUGUACAGGGAAAGAAGAGAAAGUCUGAUUUAACCGAUCACUCGUUCGAUCCUGAGCAGAUGUACAAGGAUAUAAAUGAUACAGCUAGGAGAAGAGCUUGGUAUAUAACUUUCGAAUGUGACAGGAGAGGAUGGCUUUACUAAUAAUUUAAGACUUGGUAUCUUCGGGAAAUUACCAAUGACUUGUGCAGCAGGUCGUGCUGUAUUUCACGUUAAGUUUAUAAUAAUAAACAUGUAUGUUUUUGAAGUAUGAUGUUCCCUCGACCUAGAAUAGAAUAGAAUAAUGCUUUGUUUGUGUUAGCCUGUAAAUAGGAUACAAAACGUCAAAAUAAAAAGAAAAGAUGUGGAUAACUAAUAAUGAAAAACUUGGUCACAAAUCAAACCAUGGUACCCUUGGCUAUAUAGCUGUGUUUUGCUGAAAAGGUGGUCUGAGAUAACAAGUUUCGAAAAAGCUGUACGCUUUAAAACUUUGUUUUAUCUUUUGCCUGAAUCGUGCACAUGAGCUGUCAUAACGAAAUUAAAUUCAAUAGGCUUUUAAGGUAAAGGGUGGUUAGGUUUACCUAUACUUUUCAAAUUAUUGGAAAAGGCAAUGAAUACACAAAUAAAUGAAUACGUUUUGAAAUGUGGUACACUACCAUCUAGACAACGCGGUUUUAAGAAGUGAUAUAUUACUGCUGCAGCGUUGUUAGAUCUAACUGACAGGGCUUGAGAUAACAAUCAAACUACUUUCUUUUGGAUUUUUCUAAAGCGUUUGACACCAUCAACCA